AUGACUAAUAUUUCCUUUACAUUUUCCAUUACUCGAUUUUGCCUCACUGCCAUUUUAAUUUUCUUCGCCCCUUCAACUGCCAAGGCUAGAAAUCUCACCCAGCCUUUCAAGAGAGUUUAUGCCUUUGGCGAUGCCGAAACCGACACCGGCAACACAAAAUCGUCCACUGGUCCUACCAUAUUCCGGUUCGCGUCCGACCAUCCUUACGGCAAGACAUUUUUUGGCCACCCCACAAACCGAUAUUCUGAUGGCCGUUUGAUGAUCGACUUUGUGGCCGAAAACCUGUCGUUGCCGUACUUGGCACCUUAUCUCGAUGAGAAGGCCGAUAAAUCACAUGGAGUGAACUUUGCUUUUGCAGGCAGCACUGCAUUGACACGCAAUUUCUUCGUGAACAAUAAUCUUACACUUGACAUCACUACUGUUUCACUUCAGACACAACUCAGUUGGUUCGACGAGUUUCUUGAAAGUGAGAGGUGUAAAAGCUCACCAUCAAUGUUGGGGUGUAAGGCAGAAUAUAUAAAUGAUGCACUGUUCUGGGUGGGAGAAAUUGGAGCAAAUGACUAUGCAUAUAGCUACAGAUCUUCUGUGCCAACCAAAACCAUUCAAGAACUUGCCACCAAUGACGUCAUCGACUUUUUACAGGCAUUGCUUAAUAAGGGUGCAAAGUAUAUCCUUGUUCAAGGCCUGCACCCCACAGGCUGCCUGACACUGUCCAUGGCAGUGACUCCCGCGAACGAUAGAGACAAUAUGGGGUGUGCGGCCACCGUGAACAACAGAAUUUACGCUCACAACACAAUUCUCCAAGCGAAGUUGAAUGAGCUCCGGGAAAAGUUCCCACAAGCUAUCAUUGUAUAUGCAGACUACUGGACUGCCUUCCAGCACGUGUUGCAAAAUCCCGGUGAGUACGGCUUCGACGAGAGAUUCAAAGCCUGCUGUGGAUCCGACGGCGGAACCUAUAACUUCAACAUUCUUUUCCCAUGCGGAUCGCCUCCCUCGACUGCUUGUGAUAACCCUUCUAAGUACAUCAAUUGGGAUGGUGGGCAUCUUACUGAAGCCAUGUACAAGGUUAUGGCACGCUUAUUCAUCACAGGGGCAUUUUGUGAUCCACCUUGGAGUCAUUUAAUAAGCAAGAAAAUGCAAUCAGAAUAG